UCGAAGCACGUGCACACCACACCGUGCUAACAAUCCAUCGGAUACACACAUGACAAUUAAACGUAUUCUAAUGAAUGCAUCGACGUACUAUGCAUUGUUAUAAAUGAUGCAGCCGAUAUGAAUGUAAUAAUUUACACUAUUUGCGCAGUUGUCAGUUGCUAAUUCGCAAGCUUCGGAAAUCAAAGCUCAUAGCAUCAAUCGCAAUAGCUUUUAGAUGCUCGUGAUGCUCUAUAGUGUACGUUCUAGUCGGUCAAGUAUAGAAUAUACAUAACGUGGAUGUUGAUCAUGACGACUAUGUAUUGAAAGAGCCAGUGAGUCACUUUACCACUAAUAAGCAUAGAGUGAGUGUCAGAGAAUUCACUUCCUGGUAAUUGAAGAGAUCGAAACAGAGAAACAGAAACGUGACAGUAAAAUCGACACUGGUGGAUGCUGAAGGGAAAGAAUGUAGAAUGUAGACACUAAGACUGAUGUUACUGCUGUUGGUUCUAGAAUGCAUCAUUCCAAGAAUUUGGGCUUAAGGUGAUAUGACGUUUGUUCUGUCAGGGAUGGAUGUGAUCUGUAACUCGCCCCCGGACAUGACCCAUUAACAGAAAUUUUCAUUAACUUGAGAUGUUUGCGGUGUGGGUUACAUUCAAUUCAUGCUGAAUUUAUGACCGAACAGGAAGAAGCGAGGUGUCGUCAUACAACUACCUAGAGAAUCAAUCGCUCGCCUCCGCACUGUUACGAGUCAGAGGGAAAAAAAGAGAAGAGUCAUAACGGAGAAUAAUAAUACUAAAUCGAUUUUAAUUGACACGCCACCAAGUGGCCAAAGGGUGGCAGCGAGAAAAGUUACUGCUAAAGAGUAUCGUAGUGGUGUGUUUAAAUUUACGAGUGAACAGCAACUGGACAGUCGUGAGUACUUGGAGCACGUUAGUGAGAACGCUAACGUUGGAAAGUAUACUUGCGACCGGUAACGGAUGGCCAUAUACCCUCGAUAUCACGACCCACUGAAAUCCCCAAGUGGUCACUGCAUCGCAUGACAUUUCAAUAAAAUUUAUUUUGCCACUCUUACUUAAGUCUAUGUUCUUCCAUAAAAUUUAUUGUUUCAAAGUUAUUCAUCAUUUAUCUCUCUUUUAUAUCAAUCGAAAAAUGAAUUUUUCAACAUCCUGAAAUUGUUCAAGUAUAUCUACUGUCAAUGUCGAUGACUAGUUGGAUUAAGAAUAAAUAUUAUUUAUGACCAAAAUAAUGGCUGCCCUCAAACUCAAUUCCAUAUCAAAGUAUUGAAAUAAUGAUGACAACUAAAUGGUGAGAAUUAAAAUAAUACAAAAUGUAAUUCCAUUGAUGAGAUUAAUCUAUUGAAAUCAAUCAAGAUUCAAUGAUAAAAUUAAUUGAAUUUCUAAAUUUUUUUUCUCCAAUUUUUUCAUCAACUAAUUAACUCAAUGGAGUCUAAACGAGACAUCAGGGUCGAACAGUUGUUCAAAGAUGCUUCAAAUAAUCCAUAUCACAAGUCGGAUGAAGUUGUUGAUGUAAGAAUGCAUUAAUAGCAGAGAACACUGAAACUAACAACUUGUAUUCUCUACCUUUAUAACCCUGCUGGAAGUCAAUUUGAACAAAACAAAGUCAUUGGUUUGAACAAGACGUUACCCCUGAGGAUCUUACGAGUGAAAGCGAUACGUAGGAAGGAAAAUGAAGAUCUCUGGAGUGGAAGCAAGCGUGCCACUGCUUGGAGCAGUAGCACCUCGGUGUAUCGUUAAACAGGCAACAGUGAAACGUUGUGUUGCUGCGCUUUUACUAGCUUCUGUUGCGAGCAUCUUUUACUACAGUCAUUACGUCAUAAGCAGUCCAUUAUCAAGCCUUAUCCAUCGGGACACGAGGCCGGAACCAGCGAUAAGAUGCUCAACCCUGAGGGGUGCAACACGUUUACCACUGGCUCCAGAUCACCGAAGUGAAGCAAGACUGAGGAUCGACCCAAAGGUUCUGGUCUUUGUCGAAACGCUGUAUUCAAGGGUGGGUCGAGAGAUUGCUGAACUACUUGUCUAUAACCGGAUAAAAUAUAAAGUGGAGGUUGCGGGAAAAUCGCUUCCAGUCUUAACGAACCUCGACAAAGGAAGAUAUGGUGUAUUGGUGUUUGAAAAUCUUAAUAAGUAUCUUCAAAUGGAUAAGUGGAAUCGUGAACUCCUUGACAAAUACUGUCGAGAGUACUCAGUUGGAAUUGUUGGGUUUGCACCACCCGGAGAAGAAAGUCUUGUAGGUGCUCAGCUGAAGGGAUUUCCUCUAUUUAUACACACAAACUUAAGACUCAAGGAUGCACAACUCAACGCAGCCUCACCCAUCUUGAGGUUGACCAGAUCUGGAGAAACAGCCUGGGGACCCUUACCCGGAGGCGACUGGACUAUUUUUCAACCGAACGACAGCACGUACGAACCCCUGGCAUGGGCUUAUAGAGAUAGUCUUGAUUAUACGAAUCAAAAGACUCCUCUUGCUACUGUAAUACAGGAUCACGGAAGAUAUGAUGGAAUUCAACGAGUGUUCUUUGGAAGUGGUCUUCGUUUUUGGCUCCACAAACUAUUGCUCUUGGAUUCUCUUUCAUAUUUGUCUCAUGGACAAUUGAGUCUCAGUCUAAAUCGUAUGAUACUAGUGGAUGUGGAUGAUAUAUUUGUCGGCGAAAAAGGGACGAGACUUAAGAAGGACGACGUUCUCGCUCUCUUGGCAACACAACAAAGGAUUCAGGCACUAGUUCCCGGAUUUAAAUUUAACUUGGGGUUUUCCGGGAAGUACUUCCAUCACGGCACAGCAGAGGAGAAUCUGGGGGACGAUAUGUUACUCGAGAACGUCGACAGAUUCUCGUGGUUUUCUCACAUGUGGAAUCAUCAACAACCUCAUCUAUACGAGAAUGUAACACAUCUACAGCUGGAUAUGGCCCUUAAUAAACAAUUCGCAAAGGAACAUGGGAUCCCAACAUCUAGUGGAUACAGCGUUAGCCCACAUCAUUCAGGAGUUUAUCCAGUUCAUGAAGGACUUUAUGAAGCUUGGAAGCGAGUUUGGAACAUCAAAGUCACAAGUACCGAAGAAUAUCCACACCUGAGACCUGCUCGACUUAGGCGUGGCUUCAUUCAUCGCAAUAUUAUGGUUCUACCAAGACAAACUUGUGGCCUAUUUACGCACACUAUUUUUAUCGAAAGAUAUCCUGGUGGUCGAGACAAAUUGGACGAGUCUAUUCAAGGUGGUGAAUUGUUCCAAACAAUUGUAUAUAAUCCAAUAAAUAUCUUCAUGACGCACAUGUCCAACUACGGUAAUGAUCGUCUUGCUCUUUAUACAUUUGAAUCGGUCAUUAAAUUCAUCCAGUGCUGGACAAACUUGCGGCUUUCAAGUGCACCGCCACUCCAAUUAGGAGAACGCUAUUUCCAAUUAUAUCCCGAAGAAGCAGAUCCAGUUUGGGGAAAUCCUUGUGAUGAUCAACGACAUCAAAAAAUAUGGUCGAGAAAUAAAACAUGCGAUCAAUUACCAAGGUUUCUCGUGAUUGGACCUCAGAAAACUGGCACUACUGCAUUAUAUACAUUCUUAUCAAUUCAUCCAGCGAUAAGUAGCAAUUUACCAAGUCCGGAUACCUUCGAAGAAAUACAAUUUUUCAAUGGAAAAAAUUAUUACAAAGGACUAGACUGGUACAUGAGUUUCUUCCCAGCAUCGAAGAACGAGAGCUCACGAUAUUUAUUUGAGAAGUCAGCGACCUACUUUGACGGUGAAUUAGUUCCAAGAAGAGCUCAUGCACUUUUACCAAAGGCAAAAUUAGUUACAAUUCUGUUAUCACCUGCUCGAAGAGCAUAUUCUUGGUAUCAACAUACAAGAGCUCAUGGCGACCCAGUGGCAAAUAACUACAGCUUUCAUGCGGUAAUUACUGCUAGUGAUACUGCACCUAAGCCCUUACGAGACCUACGGAAUAGAUGUCUGAAUCCUGGAAAAUAUGCUCAACAUUUGGAACGUUGGUUGUCGUAUUACCUACCACAACAGUUGCAUAUAAUUGACGGCGAGCAACUUCGCCAAAAUCCUGUCGAAACUCUACAUGAAUUGCAACGGUUCUUAAAAAUUACUCCAGCAUUCAAUUACUCAUCGCAUUUAAGGUACGAUCCAAAAAAAGGAUUCUUUUGUCAAGUAACAAAUGAAGACCAUACGAAAUGUCUCGGAAAAAGCAAAGGUCGUCAGUAUCCUCCAAUGGAAGAUAGAUCUUACAAACUACUACAGAGGUAUUAUCUCUCUCACAACACAGCAUUAGUUAAGCUUCUUAAACGACUAGGAUCCAGAACGAUACCACAGUGGUUGAAAGAUGAUCUAACUGAUACAGUAAUGACCUAGCAAACAUCAACUGGAUCAUACGACUCGUGGUUUACAUUGACUUCCAUAUUUGAGUCGUGGCAUUUUGUUACUCGGUGAUAAUGGUUAAAAACAGUUAAUUAUUCCACUGAACUUGUAAAUCAUGUGAUAAAUGUGGAAUGAUUGUUGUAAAUGAUACUAGGCCUAACAGAUUGAAAUUAUUUCUUUUUUAACGUGAUUUUGAUCAAAUGGCCAAAUAACUAGUCAGUUGAAUAAUGAAUAAUUCAGUGAAAUUCUCUGCGAGUUAAUGUCAAUCAUGUUUGAAUGGUGAUAAAAUAAAUCAAGAACUAAAAUUAAAUUAAAAAAUAAAACUCAUUAGCAGACAAAACAUCAUUACAGUUCUAUUCAUUGUAAGUGCCAUCUGUUUUAUCACAAAUUUUUUUAACAGUCUGACUGUGUGAAGUAUAAUCGAUAACAUUAAACUCUUGCCUUCUCUACCUGAUGUCGAUUAUAAAAAAGCAAAAAAGAAAGCGUGUAAAAAAUCUAUUGUUUGAAUGCUUUCAUCAAAAGAAAAUAUGGAAAAAUCCGUUCUUUUUAUCGAGUAAAUUAAAUCGGAGAAAUAUUUUUUGGGAUCACUUUGAGAUGAAUUAGCAAUUGAAAGAGUUUACUGGACCAAACUAAUUGGUAAAUAGACAUCAAGGAAAUCUACAUGAAAUCAUUUGCGUGAUCCGCGUUUGUCCACUUAAUCAAUUCAUCAAAAAUUCCAAAUAUUAAAAUUAUGAUACUGAGUAUACGUAUAAUAAUUAUACGUAAUUAAAUUUUGUGAAAUAUAAUGUUAAAAAGUAUAAAGUAAAGUUAUCUAGUGAUAUGAUUGAUCAAUACAUUUUUAUGUAUUACUAAAAAAUUGCGAUAGAUAGAUUGUUUUUGAAUAAAUCUCGGACGAUUACGGUUAAUUAAUAAAACACUGUAUAUUUUGACAAUAUACUGAUAACAACGGAUGAUUGUCCAUCCAUAUGUAAAUUAUUGUAUCAUGUGUAUUUUGAUGUCUGUGAAAAUGUCUUAAAAAUCAUUGUUUAAAAAAAAGACAAAAUUUUAAAAAAGAUAAAUUUUGUGAAAAAUGCCAUAAAUAAAUAUCAUUGAAUUCUUUUUAUGGUUAUAAGAUAAGCGAAGUAGCUAAAAUAUAAAUGAUCAUGUUGAGAAAUUUUUCAACGAUAUAAAACGUCCAUUGUACAGUUCGAAGACAUUAAUUAUUUGUCUAAACUUUGAUUAUUUUCGUAGGUAAUCAAAAAUACGAAAGAAAUGCAUAUUGAGAAUAAUAUUUAAUUAAACGAAAAUAAGACUCAGUGUUCUUAUAAAUCCCGCCAUAUAAAACCUGUAAUAUUAUACUUGUUACGUUUGUAAAUUUUUUUCUUAGUUUUUUAUGAAUAUAUAUAUAUAAUAUACAUAUACGUUGUAUGUAACAAAUGCGAAUAUUGUUUAACGAAUUAUUGUACAAAGUUUAUUGUUGUCGACAAGAAAUGUGUUUUUUCAAUCUUCGUCGUCAAACGUGCCAUUCGUAACACCAGUGUUGUAAAUAUAUCCCCUAUCGUCCCUUGAGAAUCGUAAGUUAAAUUUUAUCAUGGAUAAAAAAGAAUAAAAUUAAUGAAAUUGUGACUUAAAGAAUUACAGUGUAAAGAUCCAAGUAUUUAUUUUUGACUAUUAAAAUAUCGUGGUGUUUAUAGAAAUCAUCAAAAUCAUGUUAAUAAUAAAUUAUUCCUAUUAAACUAACGAAAAAUGAUUAUGAAAAAAAUUCAACAAGAAUCAGUUCUAUUCCCUGAUUAUUUAACUUGCGAUUUCUUCAUUGUAA